CCAGAAUUUUGCAGAAUUGGCUUUCUUCAUGGACACAUCUGAUUGCAACUUACAUAUUCAUUAUCCUUUCAUGUCACAAUAAUUUUUAUAAACCAUUUCAUGGAGGUAUGAGGUCUCUCAUUUGAUCUGUUCCCAGCAGCCAGCAACAUGAAUGCACAGGUGUCAGUUGCAACCAUCUUUGAAGACAUGCCAGCCCAGGAUGCCUCAUCUUUUCCUGAGCCUGCUGGAACUGAAGGAGGAGACUGUGUGGUGUGUGGAGACAAGGGGUCUGGCUUCCACUAUGGUGUGUACAGCUGCGAGGGAUGCAAAGGCUUCUUCAGGAGAACUGUGACAAAGGGUUAUGUCAAGGCAUGCAAGUCAGGGAGCAAAUGCAACAUGGACAUGUAUACCCGGAGGAAGUGCCCGGAGUGUCGGCUUCGUUCAUGCAGAGCUGCUGGAAUGAGAUCAGACUGUCUCCUUACCCAGGCUCAGUGCAGGUCAAAGUUCCUCUAUCGAAAAAAUCAGGCACCAAAAUCAGACCAUCCUCUAUCACCAACCAGUCAGGAAGUGCCUGUGCAGUCACCUAUCAAUCAAAGCAGUCCCACAGGUGCACAGCAGCAACAGAACCAAGUUAGUAAUUCUGCCAACCAAUCAGAGACCUCUGGUUCCCCAUCCAGCAGUGCACAGCUUUGUGAAACUGUGUCUGAAGAAAUGUCCUUACCACAAGAAAAUGACAACAGAAGUAGCAGUACUAACUUGCUUGAUGAAAUCAUGUCCUCCUUCAUGGACUUCAGCUCCAAUAAUCCAGUAUUAACUCGUACGGACUCCACUGGCAGUGACGACAUGCUUUCCUUCUUAGCUCUCCUUGCAAACGACACACAGUCAAUUGAUGAGUAUGACCUUGACACAGGAAUAGGGUUGUUUGAUGAAGCAACUACACCUAACCAGAGCAACAGCAUCUUGGAGCAUGCUGAAAACCUGCUGUCCCUUCACAAAGGUGAAGCUAGCUUGGAAGCAAAUGUUUCUGCACCAACCAAAGGGCAAGAUGCAGAGGAUAGAUCUGGAUCUUCCACAAGUGAUAUACAUGCACCUACAGAAAGUGUCAAUCAAACUCCUACCACAUCGGGUCUAAAAGCCACCCUGCAGCUGUCCCAAAACAGUCAGCCAACUGAUGAAGAGCAGGAAACUUCUUCUUCUUCUUCAUCGUGUCAGGAAACUGAUGAGUGUGCAAGAAAUCUUGAAGAGGGUCCAUGGAAGAUUAAGAGAUUUGCAAGGCCCAAUGCUGUACAAAAUCUUUCCCCGGUGUAUCGAGCAAUUAUUUCUGAUAUUGCUGCUUUUAGGAAGAAAAUCUUUGAAAGGGAUCACAAGAUGAUGUGUCGGUUGAUGAAGGAGACCCUGCAAUGUAACAGCAAGAAAGAAAAGCAGGCUCGUUUUGUUGCUCACAUGGGUAGAGUGGUGGAAAAGACUGUUGAAUUUGUCAAGACUAUUCGUUGCUUUCAAGAUCUCUGCAUUGAGGACCAGAUUGAAGUCGUGAAGGCAUCCUUUUUUGAUUGCUGCAUGAUAAGAGUUCCUGUUGUGUUGGCAAACUUAGAUGGUGUUCAAGUCUUACACCGCAUCAUACAUGAAGUGCACACAGAAGUGUUCAAUGCCACGCUGAUGAAGUGGUAUGAAGGAAUGCUGGACCUGAAAAUAGACAUCACCACACUGGACCUCCUGCAGUGUGUGAUAGUGGUGUCUCCUGAUCGGCCAAAUAUCAAAGGACGCGACAUAUUGGAGCAGUCGUAUGCAGAGUACAUCGAGUGUCUGCGUGCUUACUGCAAAGUCGCCUACCCAGAGAACCGCAUGAUGUUUGCACGCCUCCUCAGUAAGCUGACUGAAGUCCGGACUAUUGGUGCAGCCUUUGGAAGAAGCGUCAGCUCUGAGUGUCAGGCCAUCAUUAGAGAACAUCCCCUAGUUUCUGAGAUAUGGAACCAAGACUAAUGUAUAGGAUUAGAAGUGUUGAAUGGUGGGGUUUUACCAGCCCUAUAUUCUAUCUUAUCAUCUCAGCAAACCCAUUCUUAUCUCCUGGGUCCCCAUAUAGUACAUAUACUACAUUAGUUGUUUUUUUACAGUUUCAUACAGAAAACAUGAUUUUCACUAUGCUGCAAAAUUAAAAUGAAUUUAAUUAAUGUGUUGUCAAGUCAAGUUGAAUGUGCUCUGUGUUGUGGAUGAGCAUGAUAGUAUGUAACUGAAAAGACAAAUUUAACUGUAUGGUGCCUUAGACGAGACGUACUGGACAACUCAGUGAAAUUGAUAAUUUUUAAUCCCGGAAUUUCACUCUCAGCUUUGUAAAUAUUCAUGUGUGACAAAUCUGACUAGUAAGAUGUAACAUUAUUUUACAUUUUAACAGACUUGGAGAAGAGUGUGGACAGAUGACAGUCUAUCUCAAGAUGGCCACUUAUGCAAGUGUUGUUUUUUGUUGUAGUUGCUGGUCACAAUCUGCUCAAGAAUGUGACGUGUUCUUUGAUGGCUCGCCUGCAAGGUGUGGUGUUCUGAAUUGAUGUAUCUAGUAUGAUUUGUAUGUAAAUCUGAGUUGUCUGUUAGAAUUUUCUAAGUCCAUGCAGAUAGUUUAGUUUGUUGAUAGUUUGUAUGGGCAGAAGGUGUGGACCUAUAUAUAAGUCAUAGUGCUAUAAUGUGCUGCUGUAGCAGUAUCUCCUUGUGUCAGCCAUCCUGUACACUGGAUAUGGCAGUGUCUAAUAGUUCUUCUUCAUAGCUCCUUUCCCUGAAAUACUGCCAAACUCCUGUCGUUGGAGUAAGUCCGUUGCAUGCUGAAGAGUUGAUUGGAAGAGGUCCCUGGCUUGCAGUGUUUCAGUGGUUACUAAGGAGUCUAUAGGAGUAAGUGGAUUGUUUUUUUUAAGUGUACAGGUCAGUAGUGAUUUCUCUUUCCAGUAGGUUGAAAGAUGACCACUUUCUUCUGAUGUUUAUAUUGAAGAUUUGAAACGAUGCCUUUAUUUGUACAUUUAUACGAUGCAUGUAUUGCGUUUUGACAACUGUGUAAUCUACACAUGUGACUUCUGAAACAGAUUUUUCAACUCUAAUUUGAAUGCAGUGUUAAGUUCAAGAUUCUACACUGACAUUUUAAGUUGACUCUGAAGGUUAGCAUGUUUUUGAUUGGUUGAGUGUGUUUGUUUGUGGACAGCAUAUCACGAGAAUCGCAGUUAUAUCAAAACUUCCUGAAACUCUUAAAGGUACUUGAUAUCGUGCAAGUUAGAAAUAUGCUAAUGAAGUACGUUGUGUCCAAUUACAUAUGAAAUAUGUUAAGCAAGAAACUUCCAGAGAAUUUUUUGUUACGGCUUCAGCAGUUUCUUCUGUUGUGUUGCUGGAUGCAAACUUAUAUGAUUGCUUUGUAUAGAGGAGAGUCCUGACUAAGGAUCAUUUAUAUGUUGCUCUUUAUUGCUCAUGAGAAAUGGCUUUUGCAGAAGCAAAAGUGGAUGAUAACUGGUAGCACACGAUGACUGGUAGCCUUAUACUAACCCUUAGUCCAAGAUUGUUUAACAACGAUAAUGCAAAUUUGCAUUGUACUCUUUUGAUACUUGAUUGGUUACUUUUGGAGAUUGUGGGUUUGGUGUCUAUUGUACAUAAUACAUGUAACACAAUAAUGAGAUAAUGAGCACUAGACCGUCUCAAUAAUGAAUUUGCUGCUACGUUAACUUUGAAAGCUUUCAUACAUUGAAUGACUUAUUCCAGUAGGAAUGCUUGCAACAAGUACAGUAGGGUGCCUUAUAGUGGAACCAUGUAUACGUGGGGAUAGAAUUUAAGUCAAAGACUCCAAAAUGAAAUACCAAAUUUUUUCUAAAGUACACACUUUUUUAAAAUUGAAAAGGUGCCAUAAGUUGUUGCCAAAGUUGGGUGCAUACUUUGAGGUUAUUGCAUGGAUAAAUGAUUUAACAUAACAUAAGAGUGACAUUUGUAUACAAUCCUUAUGAGUUAUUGACUCUAACAUGUUCAGCUGUUUUUUCCAGUUAGAUGUAACCUUACUGUUAGUAGCUGCUUUGUUUUUCCAGUUCAUUCUCAGUGAUUUUGAUAAGUUGCAGCAGGCAAUUCACAAGUUUGUAGAUACAAUGACGGUGGGAUUUAUGCAAAAUAACCUGGGGAAACCAUUGUAAAUUUGAAUUUAUCCAGUUCAAGGUCUGUUCAAAAUUGGUGGAGAAGUUCCUACAAUACAGUAAAAUGUACACAAUGUAUGCUCUUCAUGUAUCUUUACAUUUAUAUGUACAUGACAUUGUAUAAUGUAUGCACCUGACUCUUACAUAUCUGCUUGUAAUGUAACUGUUAUAUAGUUCGAUAUUAGGUAACAUUGUUUUCUUUCAUUCAUUCUAUGACAUAACAUCAACCCUUAUGAUUCUGCUGGGUAUCUUUACACUACCACAUUAGAAGUAAACACAAACACAUUCAGUCACUAUCCAGUUUAUUGUGUUGUUCCCCAUUUAGCUAAGGGUUGAAUGUGCUUGCACCUAAGAUGUUGUCUCUUUAAAGAGAUCUACUAAUACAGCAUCAGUAGUCCCUGAGACAGGCACACUUCAGAUAUCCAGGUGUUCAGUCCAUUCUUAAUAGGCCUCGAUAGCAACAUUUUUCUAUCUAUAUGGUGAUCUUAGGGUAACCAGCAUGAUAAUGAAAGUCAACAUUACAAACAUGUGAAUGAACAUUCCAUUGUAUCAACUUGCUUGUAAUAUUAAUGUUCAACUUUUGAACAGAUUGCUGGCAGCCUUCCUAACUGUAACAUUGCAUCUUUUUAUGAUAUCUCUUCAUUGUCAGGUCUUUAAUGAGUGCCUGCUCAUGUUAUCUUUUUACAAUAUGUUAGUGUAAAGGGUAAGAUUGGUCUGGUGGUGUUGCAUGAUUAACUGUAACCCAUGAAUGAGGAGAUAGCAUUGCUUUGUAAAAAGGGCUGUAGUUUUAAUGGCACAGAUUACAAAUUUCAAAA